GCUCUUUGUGUUGAAUGUGAUCAGACAGCGAAACGAAACGCACCGACCGUUGUCAGGUGCCUGGAACCACACUCACGCCGAUCACAGCGCAACCACCGGCUUUUCUAUAGCCUUUAUCAUCCAUAUCACCACCGUAAAUCUUAAAUAAGUGACUUCUUUGUGAUGGCACAUCCGGUGGGCGCGUCUCUGGUGUGAUUGACAGCUUGCGCCAAAAGUAAUGGACCACAUUGAGGAAAAGAACGAGUAGAGACCACUUCCCUCCAGACACCAUGAGGCUCAACUCAUCGUGAACUGCACACACUUCACACAAUCACACAAACGAACUUACUCGCCAUGGGCUCCGUGUACCUGUGGAAGUUGUCCUCCCAAAAGCUGGGAUUCUUCCUAGUGAGUUUCGGCUUUAUUUGGGGGAUGAUGCUGCUUCAUUUCACCAUCCAGCAGAGGGCGACGCACGAAAGCAGCGCACAACUACGUAUGCAAAUAUUGGACCUCAGUAAGCGAUAUAUCAAAGCCCUCGCUGAGGAGAACCAGAGCGUGAUGGACGGACCUUACGUAGGAACCAUGACUGCAUACGAUCUGAAGAAGACUCUAGCUGUUCUUCUGGAUAAUAUAAUGCAGAGAUUAUCAAAGCUGGAGAAUAAAGUGGACAAUAUCAUGUACAACGGCACCAGUACCAACCUCACCAACGGAACCGGGACUCCUGGACCGAACCCCGUCAACCCAGAGAAAGUCAACGUGGCAGACUUGCUGAACGGAGCGCAGGAGAAAUGCGAACUCCCCUCGCUUGACGGGUUUCCGCAUUGUGAAGGGAAGUUGAAGUGGAUGAAGGACAUGUGGCGUUCGGACCCCUGCUACGGCAACUAUGGAGUGGACGGAUCCACCUGUUCGUUCUUCAUUUAUCUGAGUGAGGUUGAAAACUGGUGCCCUCGCUUGCCAUGGAGGAUCAAGAAUAGUGCUGAUGAAGCCGACAGAAAUGCACAGACGGAGAUCCGCACGAGUUUCGACGAGCUGUAUCGCGUGAUGUCGCGGCGCGAGGAGUUUCGCUGGAUGAUGCUGCGGAUCAAGCGCAUGGAGGAGCCGUGGGUCAGCGCCGUCCGCUCCCUCGCCACCAAACAAAACCUCCACAACCACAAGCGCAAAAAGAUCCUUGUGCACCUGGGUCUCCUGACGAAGGAGUCUGGUUUUAAGAUCGCGGAGAACGCGUUCAGCGGCGGUCCUCUGGGCGAGCUGGUUCAGUGGAGUGACCUGAUCACCACGUUGUAUCUGCUCGGACACGACAUCCGCAUCUCCGCGUCUCUCGCCGAGCUCAAGGAGAUCAUGAAGAAGGUCAUGGGCAACAAGUCCAGCUGCCCGACAAAGGGAGAUAAAAUUGUGGAGCUCAUCUACAUAGACAUCGUGGGUCUGGCUCAGUUCAAGAAGACUCUGGGCCCGUCCUGGGUCCAUUAUCAGUGCAUGCUGAGGGUCCUAGACUCGUUCGGGACGGAGCCGGAGUUUAACCACGCCCACUACGCCCAGUCGAAAGGUCACAAAACUCCGUGGGGCAAGUGGAACCUGAAUCCCCAGCAGUUCAACACCAUGUUUCCUCACACUCCAGAUAACAGCUUCCUGGGCUUCGUGGUGGAGCAGCACCUGAACGCCAGCGACGUCAGGCACAUCGACGACAUCAAACGGCAAAACCAAUCGCUUGUUUACGGCAAGGUGGACAACUUCUGGAAGGAUAAAAAGAAAUACCUGGACGUGAUUCAUUCGUACAUGGAAGUGCACGGCACGGUUCACGGCACGAGUACGGUCCACCUGCCGGCCUACGUGAAGAACCACGGCAUCCUCAGCGGACGCGACCUCCAGUUCCUCCUGCGCGAGACCAAGCUGUUUGUGGGACUGUCCUUCCCGUACGAGGGUCCCGCCCCUCUGGAGGCCAUAGCCAAUGGCUGCGCUUUCCUCAACCCGAGGUUCGACCCGUCUAAAAGUAGCAAAAACACCGAUUUCUUCAAAGGCAAACCCACACUCAGAGAGCUGACCUCCCAGCACCCUUACGCUGAGGUUUACAUCGGACGGCCGCACGUCUGGACCGUCAACAUAGAUGAUCCAGCAGAGGUGGAGAACGCCAUUAAAGCCAUCCUCAGUCAGAAGAUCGAGCCGUAUCUGCCGUACGAGUUCACCUGUGAGGGGAUGUUGCAGCGCGUCAACGCUUUCAUCGAGAACCAGGAUUUCUGUCACGGUCAGGUGAUGUGGCCUCCUCUCAGCGCCAUGCAGGUCAAAUUCGCUCCGGCUGGUAAAUCCUGCAAGCAGGUUUGUCAGGAAGAGCAGCUGAUCUGUGAACCCUCCUUCUUCCAGCAUCUCAAUAAAGACAAGGAUCUGUUCAGGUAUGGUGUGGAGUGUAAGACGGUGGAGUCCGCCAGCGAUAUCGUCGUCCCCGCCUUCAGCGAUUCGGCACAGCAUUGCGUGUUCCAGUCGGACCUGCUUCUGUUCAGCUGCGCCGGGGCCCAUCAGUCCCUCACGCGCAUCUGCCCCUGCAGAGACUACAUGAAAGGACAGGUGGCGCUGUGCAAGGACUGCUUAUAACACACACACUUCGGCAACCCCGUACGACCAACCUGGCGGUCCGGAACUGUUUCAUAGCGCCAUGCGGACAGUGCCAGUGUUGUAAUGUGCGGUGAUGCGAUUAAAGAAAUCAGAGUAAUUCAACUCUUGUUUUAUUCCCAUAAACGCUGGAGUGCGGCAGCUCUCGGCUCUCAGCCGAAAAAAAAAACGAAAGAUGAAAAGAGAAGAAAAUGUUGUUUUGCUGGAGUUUUUUUUUUUUUUU